AUGAGUGAUUAUAGCUCGGAUGACGACAAUCGCCGAGUGGACUCGUGGCGGAAAACAAAGGGCCGUAGAGCGAAGCGACAAAGUAAUUUCCUUGAGACCAUUUUGGAUUCGUCAAUCGCGAGCAGCAUGGAAAAGCCGCUAUUCAAGGCCAUUCGAAUGUGGAUCCACAGCAACACGGGCCUAGACUUGAAGUUUCUGGUCUGGGCCAUUGCUUUAUGCGUUCCCACCCACAAAUAUGGCAGCGCAAUCUGCAAAUGGCUGAGCUCAAAUCUCACAAACUCUGUCGAGCUCGAUUAUCAGGAUGCGCUUGUCACUGAUCUUUUGAUAUGGAUUAGCAAGCAGCCUUCCAAUCAGCUGUUUGCCUGGCUUCCUAGUUUUGAACACCUGGAAUGGAAAGAUUUGUCAAACGAGACAAAAACAGCCGAUACUGAUGAGAAGGAUUACUAUUGGCAAAAUGGAACACCAUACCGGAUAGGUUACAUGUUUUAUGGGCCAGCCGGUACUGGUAAGACGAGUUUGUCUACGGCGAUUGCGAGCCACUACAAUCUUCCACUUUGUGUCAUCGAUUUAGCUGGCAUGGACGACAAGAUCCUGCAAGACAAAGUCAAAAGCUUGCCACCCCGUUGUGUCAUCUUGGUUGAAGACAUUGAUGCUGCAGGUAUUGUACGUGAGCGCACAAUGGUGCCGAAGACUGACGCUAGUGACGAAGGAGAUGAAACGAGCUCGGAAUCGGAAUCGGAAUCUUCUGACACUUGGGACACGAAGCCUAGUAAGGAAAAAGUGAAGAAGAUGGAUUCAAAGAAGAUGAAUCCGUCGCUUUCCCAACCCUCAAGGACAGAGGUCACUCUGAGCGGUCUUCUCAAUACGUUAGAUGGACCCGGAUCACGGGAAGGCCAUAUCGUCAUCUUGACAACGAACGCUCCUGAUUCUUUGGAUGAAGCCUUAUAUCGCCCUGGUCGUAUAGAUACCCAAGUGUAUCUCGGCUUCGCAGAUCAUGUCACCGCUGGUAUAACCUUCACACGCAUCUUUGGCAGCGACAAACAAGUUAAAGAGUCGCAGAAAGCAGUCAGAAAGCUGGGCGGAGAAUUCGGGCGGUUGGUACCAUCUGAUUUCUUUACUCCUGCAGAGAUUCAAAAGUUCUGUAUGAACAGGCGUGGUCAGCCACAAAAGGCAGUCGACGAGUUUCCUGGAUACAUCGACGAGAAGCGAACAAGAAAGACCAAGUUCCAAUAUGACAUCCAUCGACGCGCACCGAAACCCACGUUUCAUAAGGAAGAGGUGAUGAAUGACGAUGACAGCAGCGAUGAAGUUGAAUAUACCCCGAGGGAUUCCGAGGAGUCUUUCGAAGGUGCACACACUACCUUCCCAGAAUUGUCUUGCAUAUCAUCAACAGAGACUUCUGUGAAGCGACCUGCGAAAGAGCAGCUGUUUGUCGCGCAUGGAUACGAGCAUGAUGACGACGCUUUGGCAUAUGGCGACUACUAUCCGCACAGACAAUGGGUAUGGGAAGAUCGUUUGGCUAAGGAUGUCGUUGAUACGUAUCAAGGACUCAUAGAUAUGCUCACCUUUCCAUCGGUAGUGCCAUUUCGGCACCAGAGCACACCCUAUAAGGAAUGCAGGUUACAGGACUGGGCAGUUCCUGCAUUGAGCAUGGGGAAAGGCCAGCAUAUGUCCCUGUCUGGUACUUAUUGCGAGACGGAUAGUAUCGAGCCUUGGGUACUUUGCAAGCCUGACAUUCGGCCAUGGAGGUUGUUGCGCGAGCACCACAAUCUACGACCAAAUGAUAUCGAAGAAAUGCACUUGCCGAAUCUUGACUCUUGUACGGCCGUACGGCCGUCGCUUCCUCAAUCCCACCCAGGUUCAACAUCUCUCGAUGAGUCUCGGUCAACUUUGCCCUCUCCGACAGAAUCCACAGAAGCAUCUUCAUACUACACGCCUUUGUCCGUUGGCGAACAGAUCGAGCAGACUUUUCAGCGCCACCGCCGCCCCAGUCACCCAGACGUCGCUGGCCGCCGCAAUGUCUAUCCUUAUCACGGGCCUUUACCACGCACCGCUGAGGAAGAUUCUUGGGUAGAUGAGGCAUCGCCCAAGUCUGCUACAGUUUUGCUUCGCAAUGUAGAUCCGCAGCCAUUGAAAGGUUCCGAGCAGCUCAGGCUGACAGAACGCGACCGUGAUGCUGUGGACUAG